GAGCCGAACACAACUGGCUGCGCGUUGAUCGUGUGUUGUUUCGCGGGAAAACCUUUUUCCCAGAAGUGUAGUCAAGUUGCAUCUUUAGAUAAUUAGCACAACUAAGGAUUAAAUGGAUAAAAUGAAUUAUUUAGUUUUCCUGUUACUGUUUGGAUGCCAUCUUUUCGCCAGAGCAGAUGAUCUGCUCGAUUCAGAGGAACCACCUGAGGGGUACUAUGCCUUCAUAGAAUCGCCUUCUGCUGUUCCUCCGAAAGUUCGAUCACCACCGUACACCCACAUCAAUAUGGAUUGUAAAGAUGCCACUAAUGCGAAGCCCUAUGUAUCUGCCAAUAACCUAUGCGGUGAUUUGAACAAGGGCAAAAUCCCACGGAAUCCCAUGCGGCAAAGUGUUCUCGGGGAACCUUAUCCAUUUGAGCUCAUAAGAAACCAGACACUGAAGUUUUUGUCAAAAACUCUACCAGUUCUAAAGGCUGAUGAUACACUCCCUAAGGUCACCCAGAUAUUACCGGAGGAUCCCGUGGAUCAAUUUGACAACAAUGGCAUUGGUCGCCGAAUGGGGAAAGUCAUGCGUGUGAACGAGGAGCGCAAAGAUGAAGAAGAGCCUCGUAUAGCUAGAAAGUUCUGUGAUGGAGGGGGUGUCUUUUGUGCCCUGUAUCGAGCUAUUCAAGGAGAGCCUCUUAGCAGUAAACUGGUUGCAGAACGCCGCGAGGAAAUUUCUAGUGCUUAUCCGCCUCCUCCUCGAUUCGAGGGACCUCCGACUCCAUGCCCGGCCAAGGUAGAGUACGCAACGCCGGUAUUCGCUAAGAACUAUCAGGGUUCCUGGCGCUAUGUUGUUCAAAUUCCGUAUGAAGGAUACUUCACCCAAACUGUCGAAGUGACCCGUUGUCUCCAGGCUCGUUGCCAUUACCUGGAUGGUGGCUGUUUGUCUUCGCCACGUUGGGUUAGUUUGUUGGUUGCUGAAAUUUUUUAUCCUAACGCCGAAGAUUCAACUUCCACAUCCACGACUACGGCCCCAUCAAUUCAAGACUUCCAGGCGUACCAACAGUAUCUGCAAAAACGAGCUGGUCUUCCGACGGCUUCCGAGGGGGGAUCUUAUGAAAAUACCAGCAAUCACGCUCCCCGGAAACAAGACCAGCACUGUGACGGUCAUGAUGAAAUUGGAUGCUUCCAGGUGCGACUGUACUACGAUUGGUUCCUGAUACCUGGUUCGUGUAAAUGUUGGAGACCCGACUACUUUGCGAAGUAUGUACGAAAGCGACCUACUCCUGAGUUGUAGAGAGCCGUUUUCGGUGCCCCUCAAGGAGCUGUUGUGAACGAGUGUUGAAUGGACUGCAAAUUUAUUUAUUUAUUUAUUAAUUUGUAUUAGCUGUAUAAAUGCUAGAGCGUAAAGCGAUACUCAAGUUGGAGCUUUUUCGGGUAUAGUUUUGGAAGGCACACAUUCGGCACACUGCCACCUGACGUGCGCUGGAGUGUGUUUAUCCUCUUUGUUUCUACGCAGCAACAUCUCUGUCCUAUCGCAAUCUACUUUACUGGUUUUGGUUUUACGGGAAAAGCAAUCAUCACAGGGCGUUUUCGCAAGCACCCCAUUGAGCCGGAUUUAUUUUCAGUUCUGAAGUGAUCUGGGAGUAUUACUGGCCACUGAUCUGAAACAAGUUAUGCGCUCUUUAUAAGAUGGUAUAGAAUAAGCUACGCUAGUUUAUUUUGGAAUGUGCUCUAGGGAGUAUCUAGAAUGAGUAUGAUUGAA